AUUUUGCGACACAGCGUACAGCCACCACUGGCUCGCCGUCGCUGCCUCAUCUCUACCAUGAUCUCCACUGACAUACAACAAUUAAUCGUGUAGAACAAAAAAGAAAAAAGUCCCGUGUGUUCAUAAUGUGAUACAAUGCUCCAUUCAUCUGCGACUCAAACACCAGCUUUCUUGGUGAGCCGGAAGACGUCGUAUUGAUGCAUGAGCAAGCUUUGCUGACUGGAAUCCACACAGGGCUCCUAUAAGAGCCCCUCUUUGCUCCAAAACUAAAUGAAGCUAACCAAAAAGCAACACUCACAGAGGACUCCACCUACAGCUAGGACUCCUGUGCACUGUGCUGGGCUCCAGUAGCCCACCCAUGCCUUUGAUCCCUAUCCCACGGCGGGUGCGCAGCUUCCAUGGUCCCCACACCACCUGCAUGCACUCGGCCUGUGGGUCCACGCACGCUUCAAAGCUUGUGCGCACCAAGUACAAUAACUUUGACCUCUACCUGCGCUCGCGCUGCAUGUACAGCUUCCUCCGGUUCCUGCUCUACUUUGGCUGCAGCCUGCUGACCUCUCUGCUCUGGGUGGCGCUCUCUGCUCUCUUCUUCCUGCAGUAUGUCAGUGUGAGGGUUCUCCUGCGGCUGCAGUACAAACUGUCUGUCAUUCUGCUUUUGCUAGGGCACCAGCGCCUAGACUUUGGCGUGCUCAAUGACCUGAUCAUUUACAGCAUGCAGAUCACCAUGUUCCUGGUGGGGGGUCUUGGCUGGUGCUUCAUGGUGUUUGUGGACAUGUAGCUGCAGUGUGAGAGGCGUGGGAGAUGUAAUGUGUAAUGUGCAAUGUGGAUGCUUCACACUGCAACUUCAGCAUUGUGUGGUGUUAAAAGACUCUUGAUGUCAACACUAUUUUAUUCUUUUAGUUUUAAAAUAUGACAACAUCCAUUAAGAGUGUGUGUAACAACUGGGUGGACGGUCGUUUAACAAUAUUGGUCAUGUAUAUCUCAGAGAGAACCACCUGGUUGAAAAUCUAAAAUGAUGCAUGAAGUCAGUCUGACAUGAGAGAGAGUUAUAGGACUCUCAAUAGAUGAAUAGGGUCAAAAAUAUAUUCUAAUUCGUUUUCAUGCCAUUUGUACACACAUUUAGAAAGGAAUCUUGACUCCGAACUCAUUUGUUUACAAUAAUCGAAAUCAUCAAUGUUGCAUGGAGGGGUGACUGAACAUAUGACUGUUGUUGUCAUGGCUGUGGGAUGCAAGAUAGUCAUUUGUGCCAAAAAAAACCUGAGUUUGGCUCCAAAUGCAAAAGUCUACCAUGAUUCCAAGGUUGAUAUUAUUCCAGUUAUGUUGUAAACACAAUAUCAUGUAAACAUACAUGUAUCACAGUAAAGUAUAUUUGGUUUAAGUGACCAAAAACUAGUUGUCAACAGUGUGUGUGAUGUGUUUUUGUGGAAAAAGGUGGGCCAGCAUAAUAUAAAGGGCAUUUCAAAACCGGAAAA